AUGUCCGCCGUCUACAACCUUGAGCCUCCACCCACCGCCAAAGUCCUCCUAACAACCACAUCCGGCGACCUCUUGCUCGAGCUCUUCGCAAAGCAGACACCCCUCGCUAGCCGGAACUUCCUUCAACACUGCCUCGAUGGCUACUACAACGGUACACUGUUCCACCGUCUCGUGCCCGGUUUCAUAAUACAAGGCGGCGAUCCCACAAACACUGGCGAUGGGGGCGAAUCCGUCUUCCCGGGAGGGGCGCCAUUCGAAGAUGAGUUCCACAGCAGACUCAAAUUUAGCAGGAGAGGGUUGUUGGGAAUGGCAAAUGAAGGGACGAAGGGGAGUAACGGGAGCCAGUUUUUCCUUACGCUGGGGGAGACCAGGGAGCUGGAGGGAAGGAAUACGUUGUUUGGGAGGGUGGUUGGAGAUACGAUCUAUAAUUUGAUGAAGAUGGGGGAGGCGGAGCUGCAGGCGGGAGAGGGAACAGAUAGGCCGAUUUAUCCUACGACGUUUACUGGGGCGGAGAUCUUGGUGAAUCCUUUUGAGGAUAUGGUAAUGAGAGAGGUGAAGGCGAGAACAGAGGUUGGGCAGAAGCAGGAGGGCAAGAAGAAGGGGAAAAAGAAGGGUGCGAAGGUGCUGCUGAGCUUUGGGGGUGAGGAGGGAGAAGAUGGUGUGGUGGAGCCGGUGCUGAAGAAGGAGAAGUUCAAUACGAAGCUGGUUAGUGCCAGUGGUGAUGCAGGACCAAAGAAGGCGGUCAAUAGAGCUUUAAAGCCCCCCCGAGCGGGGUGUGGAGAAGAGCAUACGGCGAAGGUCAUCUCGGUCGAAGACUCCGCCCCACAGGGUUGA